CUGAAUCGCACCCACCGCUGCAAUAUCCCCCACAACCAUCCAGAAUGGGCAAGCGCAAAUCGUCAAGCAAGCCGCAGGGCCCCAAGAGGAAGGAGAAGCUGCCAACGACGUUCCAGUGCCUGUUCUGCAACCACGAGAGGUCCGUCUCCGUGUCCAUCGAGAAGAAGUCCGGUGUCGGCAACCUGCAAUGCAAGGUGUGUGGGCAGACGUUUCAGACUAACAUCAACUAUCUGUCUGCGCCCGUCGAUGUGUAUGCCGACUGGAUUGAUGCGUGCGAUGCCGUUGCGAAGGAGGCUGCCGCUGGGCGUACCGCGACUGAGCGCUCGGCGGACCGUACUGGCGCGCUGCCUAAGCCGGUAGAUGACGACGAUGGCUUCAUUGAGAACGACGACUUGGAUGCAGAGGGCGACUACGAUGGCUGAGACGUUAGGCGACACUGUACACCAGGGUGUUCAAAAGGCGCCAUGAUGAGAUGUGGGCAUGAUUGGCAUUUACGGCGUUAGGGUAUACCACGGAGAUGGGGUACUUGUGUUUGAGUUCUAAGGUUGGCGUCGACCACCUGAUAAAAGCUUUGCCCAUAGUGGCUUGAGGAACUGAAGGAACUUGGCUAUCUGACUGUUUCCCCGCUUGUCCGUUGUGAAGUGUGGUAGAAGUAAUUCAAGCCAAAGAUGGGAUGGGAAUAACCAACCAAAUGGUGCUGGAACUGCUGGUGAAGGUUCGUAGUAAGAAGACGAGUUGAAGAUGUGACCUAGAGGCAAUUAGACGACUGGUAGUCGAUGGCAUGUUCGUAUCAUGUAUAUUAUUCGUUGGCUGCGGUUCUCUCUCCGCUCACCAGCCAAUACUGGCUGACAUGCUCUACAAAGUGUAGAAGCGGUCGCCGAAGUCACCAAGCCCGGGUACAAUGUAG